AUGAGCCGCAUACUUGGCGUCCCCCGUGCUCUCCUGCAGCUCCGCGGAACGGGCCGGCGUUUCGGACCCGGCCCGGGAGCCUUCCGAACGUUCUCCGGCUCGGCAGCUUUGGGAGACGUCACUCUUCCACUCGAGGGAUACCGUGUGUUGGAUAUGACCAGAGUUCUCGCCGGUCCCUACUGUACACAAAUCCUGGGUGACCUCGGAGCAGAAGUCAUCAAAAUUGAGCAUCCGGUCAGAGGCGAUGACACCAGGGCUUGGGGACCUCCAUAUGCAAGCUACAAGUCUGGCUCAGCUCUUGAAGGGCCUGGGGAGUCUGCCUACUUUCUCGGGGUUAACCGCAACAAGAAGUCCCUGGCCCUGUCAUUUCAAGACCCAGCCGGGAUCGAAAUCCUUCAUAAGCUAGCUGCCAAGUGUGAUAUUCUCGUCGAGAAUUACAUACCAGGAGCGCUCAAGAAGUAUGGACUGGACUUUGAAACCAUCCACAAGAUCAACCCAGCUCUUAUCUAUGCCUCCAUCACAGGAUAUGGCCAAAACGGGCCUUACUCCAAGCGUGCCGGCUACGAUGUGAUGGUAGAAGCCGAAUUUGGUCUGAUGCAUAUCACUGGCGCCAGAGACGGCCCUCCAGUCAAGGUUGGUGUUGCAGUAACAGACCUGACAACAGGCCUGUACACAAGCAACAGCAUUAUGGCUGCACUGCUCGCCCGAGCCAAAACUGGAAAAGGCCAGCAUAUUGACGCUGCACUGAGUGACUGUCAGACUGCAACUUUGGCAAAUAUUGCCAGCAGCAGCUUAAUCAGUGGGGAGAAGGAUACCGGCCGAUGGGGCACAGCUCAUCCCUCUAUUGUCCCUUACAAGUCUUUUGAGACAAAAGAUGGUGAUAUCCUCUUUGGUGGUGGAAAUGAUCGUUUGUUCGGAAUUCUUUGCGAUGGCCUUGGUCGUCCAGAGUGGAAGGAAGAUGAAAGGUAUAAGAUCAAUGCUUCCAGGGUAGCACACCGGAAUGAGCUAGAAGCCGAGAUUGAGAAAAUCACGGUAACAAAAACAACACAGGAGUGGCUUGAUAUCUUUGAGGGCAAGGGCAUGCCUUAUGCUGCUGUCAAUGAUGUCCUGACUACGUUAACCCAUGAGCAUACACAGGCAAGGAAUAUGGUGGUGGAAGUGGAACAUGGGGAUUGCGGUCCCAUCAAGCUGGUCAACACACCGAUCAAAUACUCCCACAGUAAGCCGAGAGUACGAACACCACCACCGACUCUCGGACAAAAUACCAAUGAGAUCUUGAGAGAGCAUCUUGGUAUGGAUGACAACCAAAUCCAAGCACUGCGAGAAAGUGGUGUGGUUAGAUAG